UCGCCGCUAGCCCGGUUGAUGGCUUCAGUUUCUGCUUUUAAUGUCAGUUUAAAUGGAAGAUACCCAUAAUAUAAUAACCAAAUGAACUAAUUUGGAAAUGGCGGAACAUACGACAAGCGACCAGUUGGCCAGCAAAGCGGUCGACUUUCAGGCGACGGCAGAGGCUUACUACAGUAUCGCCGUGGAGAAAGUGAAGGAUGUUGUGUCAUCACUGCCCGAUGACAUCAGACCUGGGCCAGACCUGUAUGGGGUGCCAUGGGAACCAGUCAUCAUCUCCAGUCUGGUGGGGCUGAUGACAGUGCUGUUGUUCACCUGUAGAUGUUAUAGCUCUGUUAAAAGCAGAAUGUAUCGAAGUAAAGAGCAGUGGAUGGCUGAGCAGGUUGCACAGCUUCUGGAUGAAAAGUGUAAAGUCCUUGAGACUCUCAGUGAAUGUCAACAAGAGUACGAUGACCUGGAGAGCUCACUGAGGGACAGUGGUGUCUUGGCCCAAACUCAAAAGACAGAGCAUCUGGAGGCCAAGGCCAGACAGUUGGAAUAUGCUAAAAGGGAGCUGGAGCAAGAUCUUGAACAACUGAAGGAUCAGCUGGACCAGCAGAGAGAACAUAGGAUAGAGCAAGAAAGGAGGAUAGCGUUGCUUGAAGAGAGCAUGAAAACAUUUGAAGAAGAAACCAAAGACCUCCAGUCACAGGAAGAACAGGCACAGACCACUCUGAAAGUGUACAAUAUGAACAGUGACAGACUCCAGAGGAAUCUGGAAACUUCAGGAGAGGAGAACACAUUGCUACAGGAGAGCAAUGCUCAGUUAAGGCAGCAGGUGGAGGGAUGGGCGGAAAGAGUGAGUGAGUUAGAAGCGGAGAUGAGCAGGUGUGAGGUCGCCCACAACGGGAUGCUGCAGGAUGUGGCCAACAAGGAUGAGCGUAUAAUGUCCUUGACAGAUCGACUGCUGAGGAUGAAAGCAUGGGAUUCAGACCUGGAGGAAGGGGAAGGUGAGGAAGCGGGAGAGAAGGAGACGUCCAAUGGGACACCAGGGAAAGGAGAGGAGAAUGGAAGAGGAGAUAGAGUGGACACACAAGGCCAUCUCCAGAAAGUCCAGAAACUCAUCUAUGCUGCUAAGCUGAAUGCAGACCUCAAAUCAGUAGACGAAGACAAGGAUAGAACAUUUGCCAAACUGAAUGAUGAAGUCAAAGCUAAAGAAGACUUGCUUGUGAGCAUUAAGGAGCUGGAGAAUGAGAAAUUAUCUCUGCAGUCGGACACUGAGAACUACUCAGAUCAGGUCCAAAAAUUACAACAGAAACUCCACAUUAUGACAGAAAUGUACCAGGAGAAUGAGCUCAAGCUACACAGGCUGCUGACAGUCGAGGAGAAAGAGCGCCUGCAGAAAGAAGAGAAGUUAAAUAAAGCAGACAAAAACAUUGCAUUGGCCAUGGAAGAACUCAACAACUACAGACAACGAGCAGAGGAGAUGGAGGAAGAGCUGGAGAAAACCAAACAGUCUUACCAGACUCAAAUAUCAGCACAUGAGAAGAAAGCUCACAAUAACUGGCUGGCAGCCCGAGCAGCAGACAGAGAGCUAGCAGACAUCCGGAGAGAGAACGCCCUCUUCAGACAGAAGUUGACGGACACACAGUUUAAACUAGACGCCCUCGACAAAGAUCCCUACGCCUUGGACAGCCUGGCUAGACCACUGCCUUUCAGAGCACCAGCUGAAAGGUCACCGUACGGUCCGUCUCCUCUGGGUCGACCUGCAUCUGAAACCAGAGCUUUUCUGUCUCCCCCUACAUUAAUGGACGGACCACCUGCUAGACUGUCUCCAAGAGUGCCGCGUGGCCCAAUGGAGCCCCCAGGCGGCCAAGGAGAGAUGGAACGGAGUGGAGGUCCUCAUUCAGACAGUGGCUCAAUCUCUCCUACAUGGGAGAGAGAUCGCAGGGGACCCCCACCAGGACCCCCGGGGCCCCUCGGACCUCCAGGCUAUAUGUUCGCAGAACCAGGAGGUCCAAUGUACAGGAGACCUCCACCUCCUCCAGGAGCUCUGGGCCUUUUGCCCCCUCCUGGCUCCCUCCCACCUGGCCCUCUCCAUCCAAGGGUUCUUCCCCCAGGCCCCCCUCACCCUGCAGACAUGAUUGAUGGCACAUACAGAGAAAACAGCCUUGGGCCUGGUGAACUGGAGCACAGAGAGUCUGGACCUGGUGAUCGAAGGACUCCCCCUGAUGCUGAUCCAAGGAUGGGGAGCAUGCCUCCUCCUGGACCCCCGAUGGGCCCCAUGGAUGGCCCCUUUCCUCGUAGACCCCCUUAUGGGCCACCACCACCAGAUUUCUACCCUCCCAGGGGGCCUGGGGGUCCUCCCAUGAUGCCUAUGUGGGCCCCUCCACCACCAGGGAUGAUGUUCCCCCCUCGUUUCCCUCCCGGUGGACCUCCUCUCCCUCCCGCUUCUCAUUCUCACCCUGCUCCCCUCAUGCGGCCCCCUCUGCCUGAUGGCCUCCCACCUCCUUCCAUGGGUCCUCUCCCUCCUCAGCAGUCCCUCCCCUCCCCACCACACAGCCAGUCGCCAGAGGAGCACACACCCUCGCCCGAAGACGCCAUUUGAGCUUGACCAGGUUUUUUUGAGCCGUGAGAUGUUUGAGGUAGAUGGAUGGUUGCUCAGGUCACGAUUUUACAUCCUUAUAUUUUCCUUAACAUCUAUGUCUUAACCAGGAGGAUGUAUUUAAUGGGGAUUGGGGAAAUCAUCAGUCUUCAUUAGUCCACUGUGCUGCUGUCUGUGUGCUUCUGCCUGGUCUCUCUCCUCUGUUCACAUCCUCCUCUACCCUGUCACUUGCCUUUUUUUUUUUUUUUUUUUUUUUUCUGUUACUCUCGCUCUGCCCCCAUCAUCAUCCAGUCCUUGUGAAACCGGUCCUCUUGUUGUGGAGUCACAGUGACAGCAGUUCGGCUCUGUUGUGUAAUUUCACAGGCAGGAACACGGCAGCUUAAUCUGUACGUCUGUGUGUGGGAGUGCUGCCACGUGAACCGUCGCUUGUUUGCUUGACAAUGCCACAGAGGUGGCACCCAGGUUGAAAUGUGUGCAUGUAGAUAUGUUAUAUGUGUGAUAUGCAGCAGGGUAACGAGCGUCUCACGUAUGGCAUCAGUCAACAUUUCAUCCCGAUGGCACAGAAAGAGAAAUCUAAAUGAUUAGAGGCUAUCAGGGAAGAAGGCCUUAUACAGUAUUGUUUGUUACACCAACACUCAUGCCAUUUCACCAUGAUAUUCUCUAAGUAUUCCUCAGAGGUCAAAUGAAGCAAUUUCUUAAAUUAUAAUUAAAGUGCAGAACUGAAUAAACUGGUUUCCCUGUGGGAUUUGUGGGACUUCAACAACAAAGCUAUAAUUUCAAAGAGCAAUGCUUUUAAUCAUGUUUCAGUGACUUGCAUAAGGCCCAGGCUUGAAAAAAGUGGCUUCUAUUAGCUGCUUGUGUUUCGUCAAGGUAAGCUGUGACUCAUCUCUGGCUGUCACAGAGCAGUGAAUUAACAUGGACUGACUGGAAGAGAGGCUACCUUCUAAGCCAUAAAGAUGACACCCAUGUGAAUUUUGUAAAAAGUGAUUAUAAAUAGAUGAAUAAAGACUGCCAAAUUGUGACUGUCUCCAUCUUUCACGGAUGUAUUCGUCUUCAGUUUGCUGUGCAUGAAGUU